AUGACUGCCAAGGACGACAAACGAAGGCCAAACCAGACAAUGGCAGUGACUAACCCAUGCCCUAUGUUAGAAAAGGAGGACACUCCGGAUCUGGAAGAGCAGCAGUGCCACUCGCACACCGUGCCUACGAAGCCGCGCUCGGGAGCGGCACAGAGCGACAACGAGGAGGGGCGGCAGCGCACGCUCACCACCCUCCUGGAGAAGGUGGAGGGCUGCCGCGACCUCCUGCCCGAGAGCCCCGGCAAGUACCUGGUCUACAACGGCGACCUGGUGGAGUACGACGCCGACCACAUGGCGCAGAUCCAGCGGGUGCACGCCUUCCUCAUGAACGACUGCCUGCUCGUGGCCACCGCCCUGCCCAACCGCCGCGGCGCCUACCGCUACGAUGCCCUCUACCCCCUCGACGGGCUGGCUGUGGUCAAUGUCAAGGACAACCCGCCCAUGAAGGACAUGUUCAAGCUGCUCAUGUUCCCCGAGAGCCGCAUCUUCCAGGCUGAGAACGCCAAGAUCAAGAAGGAGUGGCUGGAGGUGCUGGAGGAGACCAAGCGCAACCGGGCCCUCAGCGAGAAGCGACGCCUGGAGCAGGAGGCCCUGCCCCGGCCUGCCCCAACGCCCCCUGAACCCACCAACCCCUUUGAGGAGGACGAGGAGGAGGAAGAGCCCUCUGCUGAGGAGGAAGUGGUCGACCUCUCACUCGAGUGGAUCCAGGAGCUGCCAGAGGACUUGGACGUCUGCAUCGCUCAGCGGGACUUCGAGGGGGCGGUGGACCUCUUGGAUAAACUCAACGAGUACCUGGGGGACAAGCCUGUGAGCCAGCCCGUGAAGGAGCUGCGGGCCAAGGUGGAUGAGCGGGUCCGGCAGCUUACGGAUGUGCUGGUGUUUGAGCUGUCUCCAGACCGCUCGCUGCGAGGAGGGCCACGGGCCACCCGCCGAGCCGUGUCCCAGCUCAUUCGCUUGGGCCAGUCCACCAAGGCGUGUGAGCUCUUCCUGAAGAACAGGGCAGCCGCGGUGCAGACAGCCAUCCGACAGCUGCGCAUCGAGGGCGCCACGCUGCUCUACAUCCACAAGCUCUGCCAUGUCUUCUUCACCAGCCUUCUGGAGACAGCGAGAGAGUUUGAGACAGACUUCGCUGGUAACAACGGCUGGGACUCCGCUCGCUCUUCCAUGAGGAUGUUUGUAGAUGCCUUCAGUAAGCAAGUAUUUGAUAGUAAAGAGAGCUUGUCGACUGCGGCAGAGUGCGUCAAGGUAGCUAAAGAGCACUGCAAGCAGCUUAGCGAGAUUGGACUGGAUCUCACCUUCAUCAUUCAUGCCCUUCUGGUAAAGGAUAUCAAAGGUGCUUUACAGAGCUACAAGGAUAUCAUCAUCGAGGCCACCAAGCACCGCAACUCUGAGGAGAUGUGGAGAAGGAUGAACCUAAUGACUCCAGAGGCACUGGGGAAACUCAGGGAGGAGAUGAGGAGCUGCGGGGUAGGCAAUUUUGACCAAUACACGGGUGAUGACUGCUGGGUCAACCUUAGCUAUACUGUAGUAGCUUUUACUAAGCAGACUAUGGCCUUUUUGGAGGAAGCGUUAAAGCUUUACUUUCCAGAGCUGCAUAUGGUUCUUUUGGAGAGUCUCGUGGAAAUCAUCCUGGUGGCUGUCCAGCAUGUUGAUUACAGUUUACGGUGUGAACAGGACCCCGAGAAGAAAGCAUUCAUUAGGCAGAAUGCAUCCUUCCUUUAUGAAACUGUCCUUCCUGUUGUGGAAAAAAGAUUUGAGGAAGGAGUUGGAAAGCCAGCCAAGCAGCUACAGGAUCUGAGAAAUGCUUCAAGGUUGAUGCGUGUAAAUCCGGAAAGUACCACCUCUGUGGUGUGAAGUGACCUAACUGUUCUUACAAAAAGAGUGUCAAAAGCACUUACUGAAAACCUUGUACAUUGCAUAUAUGAACUAAAUGGAUUUUUUUGAGUCCCUGAAAAAUGCAAAGUCUAACUGCUGCAUUCCAGAAGCUGAAGACUUAACAAUCAAAGCCUGCAAGGAUGCAAUGCUUUUCUUGGUGGAUGGUGGGUAGGGGAAUGAGCAGUAAGGUCAAGGUCACGUGUCCUGUAAGAAUGGCUUGUGUAGUGUUUGUGGCUUGGGAAAUACUGUAAUAUACAAUUUUUGGCCAAAUGUUUGUGGAAGUCUUAAAUGUACCAUAUGGCAGGAAGAGAUCACUUCUCAUCAUGUCACUGUAGGAAUUCUUUUUUAAGGCAGUGUUCUGGUAGGAGGGGAGGUGCUGAAAAGCUCCCAGGGUGUGGUAGUCGGUGAGGCACAUCCACCAUCCAGAUGUGACUCAGCACUGCAGAUAAACAGCAUGGAUUUGCACAGUCUGAUUUGUUUGGUAGCAGUGCAGACGCUUCACUUUCUCCAACAUUCAAAUUCUCUUAAUUCAUUUCAGAGGCAGAUCUAAAUGAAAAAUGGUUCUUGUAUAGGUUUUUGCAUUUGGGUGAAGGGGCUGCUCCUCUUUCAUCAGCUGGCCUGUCAGCUUAAAUUACAGCUCAGUGAAAACAAACCUUCUGCUGUCAGGAAGAUUUGUUCCCUUCAAAGAAGAAGCAAGAAUAACUUUCUUCCCUUUCCCUUUGUGUUCCCCUUCCUUGUUUUCUCAUGGACUUUUUUGGGGUCAAGUCUAUUUGAUGAAGUACGCACUCUGGCUUGAGGUGCUGUCAUAAACGUGUUAUGGGUCAUUACCUACUGGUAGAAACCAUAGUGAAGAGGCAUAAAUGCUCUUGAGAUGUGCAGGGCAAGGAGAGGGUCUGAAGGGACUGUUUUGUUUGUAAGAAACAGAAUGCUGGUUCUGUACAGAAGCAGCACAAGAUGAAGAGGCUGGGUGUGGGGCUUUUUGUAAAUGAUGCCAUCUUCAAAAUACAUGCUCUGUCUCUCUUGCAAUAUUAGUGUCGUUUCCUGUAGUACAGCAAUAACCAAGAACUGCCUUUUUUUGCAGAAAACACAAGGACUUUAUUUGGUUGGGAACUCUAAUGUAGAUGGGGGAAGUUUAUGCAAAUGCUUGCUUGUUUGGAUUGAAGGUGAUGGCUGUCUUGCUCCGUAUGUGUCUCUGAAAAUAAAAGAAGCCAAGUCUUGUGUAAAGGCUGGCUUUAGAAAGCUGUCAGCAUCAUCUUCGAAGCUGUGUAAACUUCUUCCCCUUUAGUGCAGACUUUCUUAACUGUGAAAAAAUCAUGUUAAAGCUAAGUAACCUUCUAUUAGACUCCCAGUAAGUGUUCUUAACUGGAGUAAUUGAGUAUCCUAUCCCUCUUGCACUUUCAAAUGAAGGCUUUUGCAAUUUGUAUCAUGGUAACAAAUGCCUUGUGACUGCUGGAACAAACAAAAGAUACUGCUAGUAAAGCAUUCUGCAUGACUGCUUAUACUGGAGCUUCUUAAUUUCUCCCUGUUUUUACAGUGCUAGUUCAAUGCAGUUUUCACUUUAGUGGCCUGUUUUCUUUCUCUUGCUCUUUGGAUGCCUUUUGAACGGUCAGAUUUUGCAAAGCAUCCUACUCUCUCUGCUCACUUGCUCUCCAGCGUUUGAGCCCUUUGCUAGCAAAUCACAGGAAAAAAAAAAUGUACAAAAUAGUUUUAAAGGGUAACUUGGUGCUCUUCACUAAAAGUGAUGGAAAACCAGUUUUAUUUUAAGGUAAUGGGACAGUGAGAGUUAGAACUUGUGUGAACAUGUUAUCUCCAAGAGAGAGCCGCAAAGGUGUUCUUUCACUAGAGAACUAUCUUCGAUACCAGAACCUAGUGAAGUAUAUUGAAAUAAUAUAUUCUCUGUCAUCUGUUUAAAGUGGUCAAAGGUAGCAACCUGGCCUUACUUAAUUUGAGAAAUAUUUUAAGUGGAUUAUAAGUAAGAGCUCUCCAUGAUGACAGGUAUUUUGGAGGAGAGGGAGAAGGGAGAGCUUUUUUUCUCUGAGGACAGGUAUAUUAUAUUGUUUUCUUUGCCGCAGAAGGAAGCAUCUUAGAAGCACAGAGUAAGUACAGAUGAGCCUUAUGUAAUUAUGGGUUUUUUUGCGGUGCAAGAGGAGGGUAAGCUGCGGGACUGCAGCUCAAGACUGAUUAUUGUGAUGCUUGAGGAUUUUGUGUAAGAAGCUGAAUUGCAGUUUCCUGAUUCCCAGCUCUGGCAUAAGAUUGAAUAGGAGGAGAGCCCUACUCAUGCUUCUGUUGCAAGCGUCCGAGGAUGAAAUGUAGAAUGUAAUUCUGCCGUGGGCUCCGUUAUGCCUCUGUCACCACUCCCUUCAUCAAUCUAUUUACAGCACACAGGGCCUACUGAUUUUGUCUCUGCUGUCAUCCAUGGGGCAGUGGGCUUAUGUGGACGUUGGUUUUAAUGGAUCAGGGAAUCUGGCCUUUCCUUUGGAUGAUCAAAUACCAUGUUUGUGUGCCUGUCACAGUUCAAACACACGUGCAGAUUUGUAUAAACUGCUGUGGGUAGCAUUGAUAUUUUGUAACUUGUGAAUCUAUUCAAGUAACAAUAAAAGAAAAAGGAUGACUUAAGGAAAAUGGUGUGCAAUUAAAUUAAACAUACUUUGUAUAUUAAUUCAGCUAACAGAAAAAGUCAAAAUAUGCUGAGUCAUGAUUUAAUAAAUUUCAGAUUUGCAGAUGGUAAUUUGGAAUGGCAUUUUUCUUUUCCUGAGCUGUACACUUGUGGGGAUAAGUGUUGUUCAAGUUGGGACUUGCAGUAACUACUGAAUAAUAUGAUAGCAGUUUUGUUCAUUUGGGGAAGAACUAGUAUUUUUUGUUUGUUUGUUUUGAGACAAUUGCAUAUAAAAUCUGGUUUCCUUUAGCUGCUGUGAUGAAAUUGUGAUGUGUAAAAUGAAGAUUUUAUUUUUAAUUCAGAUGAAUUUGUGUAUUAGAAUUCAAUGCAAUAACUUUUCUGAACAGU